CACUGUAAACUGAGGCAGUGCUAUGCUAUUUUUUCAUGAUUCUUUUGUGAUUGUUAUGGAUCUACGUUUUACAAUUGGAAAUUUGUUUUGAACUGAAAGUUGAUACUGCCAUUUAAAAGAUCAUGGACAAUUUAAUGGAUUUGUUGUCAAAGAUGAAUAUGAAUGACUCGGAUAGUCUGGUUGAAAAGGUUUCACAGCUCAUCAAAUUAGUGUGUGAGCUAAAUGAAAGUGAGUCAGAGAAAGACAAAAUACAAGAUUCGAUCAUACAUCAUAGUUCUAUGGAUCUCGUUUUUAAGAAACUAGAGAGUGAGAGAAAAGAAGAGGAAUCACUCUUAGCCAGCUGUGCGCAGUUGAUUGCUGAACUUGCUAAAACAGAGAGUUUAAGAGAACCGCUAGUGGACAAAGGUGUGAUACCCAGUUUACUCAAGCAUCUAACGAGCGAUAACAUUUCCCUGGCAACUCAAGUGUGUCGGGCACUAGGGAAUAUAUGCUAUGAUAAUGACCAAGCUCGUAUUGCUGUAGAGAAAGAAAAGAGUUUACCAAUGAUAUUAAAUGUGCUGUCUAAACAAAAUAAUAGCACAGAGGAUGGGGCAUCUCGUCUGCGAAUUAUUUUAUGUGGCUUCCUUUUGAACCUCACCAACAACUGUGAAUUACUACAAGACAGUGCAAUAGAUGAGAAUGUGUUUGAGUACCUCAACACCUGCCUGAGCUCACACAUGGAGGACGGUGACCUAGUCAACAUGGCAUUACUUACCAUUGGCAGUAUUACAGAGUCAGACUCAGGGAAGGCCGCAGCCAUCAAGUCUGGACUUCUGGACACAUUCAAACAACUGCUGGACACAUCAGUGGAAGAAAAUAUUCUGGUCAUGAUAGUGGACCUGCUGGCCAAUCUAACAGAAUCAGAGACCGCUAAAGACAUAGCAGCUGAGAAUGGACUGUGUCAAUGUCUUGUCAACAUUGUCAACUCUGAUGCCCAUGAUGCAGAGCUGGUCAAGACAGCCUCUGAUGUUUUGGUCUCUAUUCUAGUAGGAGAUAACAGCAUGGAGAAGCUGUACAUGGGUGGGACAGGACCAAUCCUUCUACAGUCUAUAGCCUGGCUCUCCUCAGAGAAAGACACCCUCAAGGCUCUAGGCACACUGGCCAUUGGCAACUUUGCUAGAAGAGACACCUACUGCCUCCAGCUGGUGGAGAUGGGCAUCAUAGAACAGUUGGUGACCCUCCUCAAGUCUAGUGGGCCAGGACCUGAUUCAAGUUUUACAUUACAGCAUGCAGUGCUGAGUACACUGAGGAAUCUGGCUAUACCAGUGGAUAACAAGUCUCGCCUGUUUGAGGCCGGAGUGCUAGAGGUCUGCAUGAGUCUGAUACAUUCUGAAGUCAUGGCCGUGGUCUUCAAGCUUCUGGGUGUUCUACGCAUGUUGAUAGAAGGUCAAGAGGCCGCUGCCAUCAAGUUGGGACAAGAGAGAGCUUUUCUUGACUGUUUGAGUGACUGGUGUGGGGUGGAAGCCCAUGCUGGGGUUAAAGGGGAAGCAACCAGGGUAAUGGCAUCCCUGGUAAAGAACAGCAGGUCCUCAGCAGUUAUACAGAACCUCAUCAGAGCUGAGGGCAUCGGACAUUUGGUAUCUAUGGCAACCUCAGAGCAUCUAGUCAUGCAGAAUGAAGCCAUAUUGGCACUGACCAUGAUAGCCAGUACAGCACUUGCUGAAGCAGCUAUACCACUGAAGGAAGCCAACCUGGCAGAGACCAUAGUGACGCUGUUGAAGGAUGAGAAGCUGCCUGCGGAGAUGGUGUGCAAUAUUUUUAGUCUCCUCAAGUCUCUCUCCAAUGCAGCAUCCUUGUCUGUGCAUCCACCCUGUGCGCUACUCGCCUGCACUGGUCUUAUGCCCGACGUUCGCAGUAGGCUCCCUUUCUUUUUUCCUUCUCUUCCUCUUGUUUUUGGGUUGAGACUUCGCGGGCACCAUGGAAACCUUCAAGAAGAAAUUUUAACCUCAGGUGUGAUAGACCUGGUCCGAUCUGUAGGUGAACGUCACGCAGACCAGAGGGUCAAGGAUGCAGCAGUGUCCACACUGCAUUUAUUAGAAGAGUCCAUGAUUUGUAGCUGA